AUGGAUUUGGACGCAGAAGUCUUCCUUACAAGCCGUAGUCGCGCUCCGUCAAUCAUUGAUGUCACCACUCAGAACGAUCACGUCUUUGCGCAACUGCCGGAUAUCAUACAGGAGGCUGCAAUUUCUACUGAAUUCUCAAGCCCGAAUCUCGUCAUUAACCGUGUCCACGAAAGCCACAACGUGGAAUCGAAAUUCAUGACCAAGCCGCAGUUCUUCAUCACCCGUCGUGACUCUGGAAUAUCUAUGCCAGAUCUCGAUAUCAAAGAUCCAAAAUUUCUCGCAAAAUAUGGUUCAGAUCUCUCAGCCAACUUUGCCGAUAUCAAGACCAGCGGUCCAAAUGCUUUCUUACGGAAAGAAAAUAAAUCAAAUGGAGCCAUCUACUCACUUUGCACGUGCGCGACCGGAUACAUCUGGGUCUCUGUUCGCUAUCUGCGCGAAGCUGCAAACAUAAAUGAGUAUUCUGACCUCGAGAUUCAGAUUGGGACCUUUGCCCUUAAAGCGCGCGCAAUCACGACUGUGGAAAUUCUUACACAAUAUUUACCUCACCGAACUCUUUCGCCUUUAAACGGAUCUCUAGCUCUUCUAUGUUCCACGGUUUUGGGGAAGUAUCUCCAAUCACGAAUGUUAGGUCAUCAAUAUGAAUUCGCGACAGAAAAUGCGAUUAGGACAUCACGUUAUGAGCUCGCAUAUAUGAGCAUUGUCGAUCCUGUCAGGUUCGGGGGAGAUUUAGAUUUGUUACUAAAGGAGGUUUGCAACAAUGCGCCAAUGCCGCCGACCUCUGUGGUUUCUCUCAUAUCUAGGAGUAUGGUUAUGAAUCGCUGGAAGGACUGGAAAGAGAAGGAAAUUCUUCGGAAAAGGUAUACAUUACCUGGAAAACUUGCGAGGAGAACACAAUACGUCUAA